AUGGCUGUCAGGUAUCAGGAUGAAGUCCUCGAACCCAUUGUGAAAUUGUUUGCUGCAGCAGUUGGUCCUGGUUUUGUUUUAAUGGAUGAUAAUGCACGACCCCAUAGAGCUGCUCUAGUUGACGACUACCUGGAGAAUGAGGGAUUCAUGCGUAUGGAUUGGCUGGCGUAUUCACAAGACCUCAAUCCCAUUGAGAAUCUUUGGGAUGCCCUCGGCCGUGCUGGGUACGCGGAAGACACGACUCUUCUUCUCAGUCAUGUCAAUCAUAAGGUCCUCCAAGACAGGGUCAAUGGCACGCUAUUAAGGAUCUCUGAUUGGUGUGUGAAUAACAAACUCAUUAUUAACUAUAACAAAUGUAAUGUUUUGGUAUUUCCCAAAGGGAAUAUUCUAAAAAAGGGCCCUAGUAUUAAAAUAGAUAACAUCAAGAUCAAGAAUGCUACCAGUGUGAGGUACCUUGGUAUUGUAUUUGACCCAAAGCUUAACUGGACAGAACACGUCCACUAUGUGUAUGAAAAGGCUGUCAAGGUAGCACAAGCGCUAAAAACAAUCAGUAGAAAUCAGUGGGGAUAUGGCCCUUCCUCAAGCAGAAUUUUAUACACUGCUGUAAUUGAACCUAUUGUGACAUAUGGGGCAGAAAUUUGGGGUACAUCAGUGACAAGGGUCCAUAUCAAAAGAAAAUUACUUUCGAUCCAAAGAAUAAUGGCCAUUAACAUCGCUAAGGCAUACAAGACUGCCCCUACUGAGGCCUUACUGGUAAUCAACCGAACUCCCCCCAUAGACAUCAAAAUUAGAGAGAUCCUCAUCAGAUUCAACUUAAUUAAACUGGCUAACAACCAAAUCAACCAAGACCAUUUCAAUGCCAUUGUUGGUAAGGAAGAGUUCGCACAGGAUCUAAUUUCUUUAGCGGCCACUAUUGCCACAAAUGGCUUUGAUAAAUGUUCACCUAAUCCUAUUCACCCAAGCUUUACUCCUUCUGUAUCCCUCGAGACAAGCAACAGUGACGAUCAGGACAUUUGUAUCUUCACCGACGGAUCCAAAACAGACCAAGGUGUUGGGAGUGCCUUUGUGGCUUACAAAGGCAAAGUCUGUCUUUAUCAGAUGUACAGGAAGUUGGCUCCGCAUUGCACCAUUAAUCAAGCGGAGUCUUUGGCCAUCAGUAAUGCCAUCGAUUGGAUCUCCAACACGAAUCAUAACUGGACUAACCACAACUUCAGAAUCUAUACCGACAGUCGCAUUGCGCUUCAACAGAUCGCCAAAAUAAACACCACUCUACCCAUUGUGAAGAAAUGUCUUGGCAAUCUUCAAGCCCUGAAGAAAGGAAACAUCAACGUCUACUUUCACUGGAUUAAAGGUCAUUCAGGGAGUGCGGGGAAUGAUAGGGCUGAUCUUCUCGCUCGUUGUGCAUCCGCAAAAUCUAAUAGCUGCACCUACAACAAGAUAAGUAGUAAGCAUUUGAACAAUCUCAUCCACAACAUCAUUCUAAAGACUUGGCAAGUCAGGUGGGACAACGGUUCUACUGGAAAGCCUACCCACUGCUUCCUUCCUUGCCCCACUGACAGCAUGCUUCAUCCAAGAUAUCCCACAUUUCAGUUGACAUAG